CUGAUGAUCUUUAGCAACCCCGCCACCCGGCCCGAAAUGGAAUUAUUGCAUGCACUUUUCUUGGAACUUAAAUGUCGUCUAUUAUCCUGAGGAUCAGUCUCAAGCGGCGCGUCCUCAUAGUAAUCAAAACCGCCCCUACCUAGUUGUACUAGCUUGUUAUCUCGACAUCCGUUGGAGCGCUUCGUCCAGAUCCUGCCUAGGGUCCCGGAGUAUCUAGGUGAAAGCCUCUCAGCAUGCAAACACACGACGCGUAUGAUCGGUUCACGGAGCUUUGUCGUCAUUCUGACAAAUAUCCUCAAGCACAGCUUAGAAACCAGCAACCUUCUUGAGGCUCUCUAUGGUGAAAGGCAAUAUGAAAGCCUUCAAGAGAGGGAAUGCUCUUUAUUUGACCAUGCGGCAUCUGUAAUAACGUUCUGGGAAACUGGAAAACGAAACCAAUUCCCCAAGGAGGAAGAAGCCAUUUGGGAUAUGGAGACCCUUCGGCUCCAUCUGCACCGCGGAGACCAGGAUCCGCACGUUCGCCAUGUCUUUGUUGGCGCAGAUAACUCGAGAUCGCCGCUAAGCUGCUCUAUGGAUAUGUUCAAACUAGUCUGCUCCUAUCACCAAGUCAACCAUGCUUUUCUGGAGCCAGUCCAUGCCUUUGGACGACAAAAAGAGCCUCUUGAUCUCUGCUUGGCUCAGUUUAAAGGCUGCGACACGCUCAGCUGUCCCGCUGAAGGCUCCCCGGAGCUUCCCAAGCUCGGCCGUUCUGGUCGGGAAAUCCAGCUGUCUUAUCUUCUCCGCUCUGUCGAAUCUUCCGAAAGUGGCAAUGGCGUCUGGGACUGGCAGAUCCGUCAAGUUGCAAACUAUCACUCCUUCGACGUGGAAACCGGACGGGCGUUUUGGUUUACCAUCAAGGCAGACGAAAUUUUUGAGGAUCGGAUAAAGAAAAUCAGCCCUCUUCUCAGAAUUCCAGCCAAAACUGAGACACAAGAUGGAGAUGUUUCUCUCUAUCUUCAGGCAUCAUUGGCUACUCACUUGGUUUACCUCUCCUGGUGCGAUGAGAAUUGUCGACAGUUUAUCAACGAGACCGAAGCAGGGAUUCGAACGAUCGUAACGCCAGCCACAAGAGCGAUUGUCGAUGACCUCAUUGACAAAGAGUCCAGUUUCUUGAGUGCGUACCCAAAGCCUUUGAGAGACUCUCGCAACCCAACCAUGUACUCGCAAAGUCAAUCCAUGUCAGGCACUUUAGCCACCACUAUUGACUCUGAGAAAAACAAGAUGUCGAUGUUAUCCCGUAUGACAAACGGGACAUCGUCGACUCUCAGCUCUUGGCUCAAGCAGGAGAAGUCAAAACACGCGGAUCCGGAGCUUGGUGAUCAAUACCCUACUUGUAAUACCACGGAUACAAGUUCACAGCCUCCCCAGCCAGAUACGUGGGAAACUCUCAACCAGUUCCGGUUCAAAGACAUACAAACCUUGCACAAGCACUCUGACAUUAUUCAUCGAGCUUCACUGGCUCUGGAACUUGACGUUGGCGUCCUUGGUGACAUCUGCGACUUCUACAGCCAGAUCGCUGCCACUGAGUUUCGUGAGAAAGCUGCAUGUGAAGUAUCAAUCUGCAGAUUCAUUAAAGAGGUCAAAUCUAUUGUGAGGAGACUGGAAACACGACUGCAUCAAAUGCGUUGCUUGGCCAUCUCAAUCAGCCAAAGUAUACAGCUAUACGAGAGAUUAAUCCAGCAACGCACAAAUCAUGUUGGUAAUUGGUUUGCCGAGAUAGCGCACGAGAACACCAAACAGAUGCAAGUCAUUACAGACAAGACGUUGAAGGAAACGACAUCUAUGCAUGUCAUCACCAUUGCGACACUAAUUUUCCUGCCGGCCACCUUCGUUGCAGUAAGGACUGCUUACCCGAGUCUUGCCAGCGUAAUUUGAGCCUCUGACGCGAUGGCAGACUUUCUUUCAGAGUGGAGUGUUGCUUUGGAACGAAGACAGGGCAGAGGACAUGAAAGAACCGUUCAUUUGGAAGCGUGAUAACUUGAUGCUGUUUCUGAGCUUCUGCGGUCCUUUGACU